AUGGAUUCGGGUCUACUUACAAGAGGUAAACAAAGUGUAGGCCCUAACUCUGGUCGCCGUCGCAACAAUCUCCCGACUCGUCUAGAUAUUCCGACAAAUUCCCUUACUCCUUCCUCUUCAGCGCCGUCCUCCCUUUCUCCACUCAUCGUCCCAAUUCCAACUUCUUCAAGCUCUUCGAAUGCAUCUCAACAACAAAAAUUGACUACUGAACUCAUCACUGCUAUGGGAAGGACGACCCCACAGCCUUACGACGAGGACGGUUAUGGUUCCUUGGGAGAUGAGAUUAAUGCAUCCUCACUGGAGGGAGUGAAUUUUCCAACAAUUAUUCCAGAGUACUUAGAAGACUUGGGAAGGCUAGGCGAAGGCGCGGGUGGUACGGUGACUAAAGUUCUAUAUAAAAAAACAAAUACCUUGAUGGCAAAAAAGAAAAUUAAUGUUGACCCGACCAUAUGUCGACAAAUUCUUCGUGAGCUCGAAUUUAUUAGAAAAUGUCAUUCACCAAACAUUGUCUCAUAUUACGGUGCAUUUAUGGAAGACGAUAAUUCUUCAAUUGCUAUUUGCAUGGAAUUUUGUGAAGGGGGAAGUCUAGAUUCAAUUUAUAAGAAUGUUAGCAGAAGACAAGGAAGAAUUGGCGAGUCAAUAUUGGGCAAGAUCGCUGAAUCGGUGUUGAAAGGGUUGGUCUAUCUCUAUAGUCAGCAAAUUAUUCACAGAGAUAUAAAACCAUCAAACAUUCUGGUUACUAGGAAAGGAGAGAUAAAAAUAUGCGAUUUUGGGGUAUCAGGAAAACUGGUUCAAUCAGUGGCGGAAACAUUCUUGGGAACUAGUUAUUACAUGGCUCCCGAAAGGAUUCGGGGUCAACCAUACAAGGUAUCUGCCGAUGUUUGGUCCUUAGGGCUAACCAUAAUGGAAGUCGCACAGAAUCGAUUCCCAUUUCCUACAGUUGCGCCAAUUGAAUUGGUUGCACAUAUUGCGAAUCUACCCGCGCCCGAACUAAGUAAUGAGCAUAAGUGGAGUAAUGAACUAAAAGAUUUUUUAAAAGUUUGCUUGGAGAAGGACGGGGAAAAGCGACCCACACCGAAACAAAUGCUCGACCAUCCAUUUAUUCAAAAGUCAUCCCAACGACAUGUACCUUUAGAUCGAUGGAUCAAGGAAGUUUGGGAAUGGGAAGAUUAA